AUGGACGCUAGCGAGGACAAGCUCACCAAAGAUGCCUCGCCCGACCCGUCCACGGUGCAGGGCUUCUCGCACCAUGCCGAGAACAUCACUACAGACCGCGAGCCCUACGGCCCGCCCGGCCUGCGUGGGCUGCUGAGCAAUCCAUUCGUGUUCCUCUGCGCUGCAUGUUCAACAUUGGGCGGAUUGAUCUUCGGCUACGAUCAGGGCGUGGUGUCGGUGAUUCUAGUCAUGAAUCAAUUCCUCGACCACUUCCCGCGCGUAGCGGAGAGUCAUGCUGGGUCGGGUUUCUGGAAGGGCCUAAUGACUGCGAUGAUCGAGUUGGGUGCCCUGAUAGGCGCCUUGAAUCAGGGCUGGAUUGCGGACCGCAUUUCCCGGCGGUACUCAAUUCUUGUUGCGGUGGCGGUCUUCACGCUCGGCUCAGUGCUGCAGACGGCUGCCGUUGAUUAUUCCAUGUUGACCGUGGCCCGAUUAAUCGGUGGUAUUGGAAUUGGCAUGCUCUCUAUGGUAGCGCCAUUGUAUAUCUCAGAAAUCAGCCCGCCCGAAUGCCGCGGCACGCUUCUCGUCCUAGAAGAAUUCUGCAUUGUCCUCGGCAUCGUGAUCGCCUUCUGGAUUACUUUCGGGACCCGGUACAUGGCCGGCGAAUGGGCAUGGCGGCUGCCAUUCCUCCUGCAAAUGAUCCCGGCCUUCAUCCUUGCAGGCGGAGUACUCGCACUCCCAUUCUCACCGCGGUGGCUGGCCUCCAAGGGCCGAGACGAAGAGGCCCUCGCGAGUCUCUGCAAGCUGCGCCGACUGCCCGCGUCGGAUAAGCGUGUGCGCCAGGAGUUGAUGGAUAUCCAGGCCGAAGCGCGCUUCCACCAGGAAAUGAACGCGGCGAAGCACCCGGGCCUACAGGGCGGCGGGGCUAAGGAUUCGAUCCUGCUGGAGCUGGCCUCCUGGGCAGAUUGUUUUAAGAGUGGAUGCUGGCGCCGGACGCAUAUUGGAAUUAUGCUUAUGUUCUUCCAGCAGUUCGUCGGGAUCAAUGCCCUAAUCUACUAUUCUCCCACUCUUUUCAAGACCAUGGGUCUGAACUACGACAUGCAACUCAUCAUGUCCGGCGUUCUCAACGUGCUGCAAUUGGUCGGUGUCAUCACCUCCGUGUGGACCAUGGAUACUCUCGGCCGGCGUAAGCUGCUGCUGGGCGGAUCCGUGCUGAUGGCCGUGUCGCACAUCAUCAUCGCCGUCCUAGUCGGUCUGUAUCAUAAGCACUGGCCUCAGCAUCAAACACAGGGUUGGGUUAGCGUGGCCUUCCUUCUGUUCUAUAUGGUUUCCUUUGGUGCUUCGUGGGGUCCCGUUCCCUGGGCGAUGCCAUCAGAAAUCUUCCCCUCAUCCCUCCGCGCCAAAGGCGUUGCCCUCGCAACCUGUUCCAACUGGCUGAACAACUUCAUCAUCGGCUUAAUUACACCACCGCUGGUCGAAAACACAAACUACGGCGCAUAUGUCUUCUUCGCCAUCUUCUGUAUUCUGUCGGGGGUAUGGACCUACUUGUUCGUUCCCGAAACGAAGGGACGGACGCUGGAGCAGAUGGAUCAUGUCUUCAGAGACAAUUCGAGUGAGGAGGAGCAGGCGCGCAGGAAUGCGAUUGAGGCGGAGCUGUUGCAUGCGCAAAGGGAGGGAGUUUGA